GAUCUCAGACUUUAUUUAAUGUUCGCUGAUUCUUCCAUUUAAAAAGUAUACAGCAAUGGAAUGAAACAAAAUCUCUAUGCUCGGAGGCAUAUAAGCAUCAGUAAUUCUUCGAAACUUGGACGAUUGACUGGAGUGUGAACGUGUCUGAAAGUAUAAACUUCAACACGACAUUAUACAUAUGGCCGGCACGUGCGACAUGUAAACGUCCAAGUGCCUAGGAUGAUAAAUCAGGAGGCCCAAAAUCAAGACCUUAAAAAAAUGCUGUCCCAUAGUGGACAGAUAAUCUCAAGAUCGGUGAAUAUGAGAAAAAAAAACACGGCAUCUUCAAAAGAAAGGUCUCUUACGAAACAAUCUACCACAAGUUUUUCAGUUAGGAAAAGACUAAUAACUACCUUGAUUUUUCCAGUAUUCGAUUAUUGUGCAGCAGUGUAUACUGAUUUAACAGGUCAACAACAACUUAGAUUGCAACACAAACUAAAUGCUUGUGUUAGGUAUAUAUUUAAAGUAUCUAGAUUUGAACACGUUACGAGGUACUACAAAGAACUGUGUUGGUUAACUCUAAGAAGUAGGAGGAGUUUUUUCAUGUCGUGUUUAAUUUAUAAAGCGCUUUAUUUAGAGCAAAAGCCACUUAUUGGCAAUAAUUUGCAAAUAUGUGAGUCUAAGCCCCGCAGGGGUGAUGAACGGAAUGAUUUGCUUGUUGUACCAGGGUGUCACAGUACCAAAUAUGACAAAUCUUUCUUAUUAAGUGCGAUUAGAGUAUGGAAUCGGUUACCUUCAUACUGCACCUCACAACCAACUUUUCCUGCUUUCCGUAAAGCAUGCUUUGAGUUUUUAUUGAGUGAAAAGAAUGCUUAAUUUGAUUACAAUCUCUAAUGAAAUGUUUUUUAUCUGAUGAUGGAAUAAUGUAUUGAUGUAUUUAUGAUAAUGUAUUAAUAAUAUCUGUGAUACACAACUUUUGUUAAUUUACAUUUAUUGUAAUGUAUUUUGGAGGGCUGCAAGGAGCAAGGA